CCAACUGGCUGUCAGUCAAGCAGGAAACCUCCCCUCGGCAAGGUGGUGGUCAGAGCUGCACUGGUGCAUCGUGGAUAUUCCUUGUUGAGACAUGUGCUAUCACAAACAACCGACAAUAAACACACCAGUUUACUAGUGAAUCCAAUUCUGACACAAACAAACUUCCAACUAUUCUUGUCCAGGAGCUCAAGGAAAACUCACUGGAUAGGCCUACUUUAUGCGCAUCCGAAAACCCCUGCAAGUACUGUUGCAGUUUAAAAUGCUAAAGGAGAAAUGGAAGCGGGCUUGGGCAUGGAUAAACCAGGUGGAAGAUUACUCUCCAGAUGUAUUCGUCAAGAGCCAGUGGCAGUUGGGAGAGACAAGCACCAUUUACCUAAUCUACCGGUGGAUGCUGGCAGGCACCUUCGUGUGCGGCCUGUUCGCAUCGGUGCUGGACCUGGGCCGCGACCCGGUGCCUGGGGCGGCAGCCCGUGCAGCACCUGCUCCCUCGCACGACAUCCAACACUACUUCAAGUGGCCCAUCUACCUCACCAACUGGGGCUACACCGCCUGCACAGUGCAGGCAAUCAUGGCCACUGCGCAUGUUACAAAGCACUAUGCCAGGAUGCGAAUCAAUCCUGGUGCUGGAAUGGAAAAAAUGAAAACCAGCUACAAGCUCUACUGGGUUAUACAUUCAGUGGCAGUUAUUUGCUCAGUUGUCAUCACCACAAUAUACUGGUCAGCAGUAUAUAGACCAGGUAAAACCGACUCGAUAGACGUAGUGAACCUGACCGUGCAUGUGUUCAACUCAGUACUAAUGGUGCUCGACUUGUGGGUGGUGGCCCAUCCUUUCAAACUGUUCCACUUCUACUGGGCGUUCAUUCUCGGAGCCGUCUAUUCUGUAUUCAGCUACAUAUACUUCCUUGCUGGAGGUACAAACAGGAGAGGCAAUCCUUUCAUCUACUUGAUAUUAAAUUGGCGGCGACCAGUGAAUGCGUUAUUAGCAAUCAGCUGUACAGUAUUAUUUGAAGCUCUGGUGACAGUGAUAGCAUGGAUGAUGUUCAUUGUGAGGAGAAGACUGGCCAACCUGUUUCACCGUAAAAUGGCAGCUCGUCGAAUGGCCAACUCAGGUCAGGCCACUGAUCAAGGCCCAAGAAUAGUCUGAAAUGCCCUAUCUAGUAUUAUUGGGCACAAAUCGAAUAUUCGAAAAUCCUAGAAAUUAACGAACGGUACCUCGCUCUAUUGUAGUAGUCACAUUUUGCACAACGAAUGUGUAUCCUGCCUGUGAUUUUGGUGUGCGGUGAUAAAAAAACUGACUUGUAAGUGAAAAAGAGGUUAAUGAUGAUGUCAAUAAAAAUAAAUAGAUAUGAAUGAGAUACACUCGUGUGUGUUAAAUUGUGAGGGGUUGUAAAUUGUAUAUUUUGUCAGGGUAGCAAGUUGAUAUUCGAACAAAUACAUUCCAUAAAAACGUUUUUGUUGAUAUGAUGAUUGUUUGAGAUUUUAUAGUAUUUUCAAAUGCUAUAUUGUGAAAUAUAUCCAUCCACCCAGACAAAAUAUUGUCAAAACCAAAUUAAUUUUCUAGAACAGCUAGUCACGUUGCUGGAGUCGCAAGUCCCAUUAAGAUAAUAGUAAAUCUGGUCUUGUUUAUAAUAAUAUAAUUAUUUAUAUGAAUUGUAAAAUUUAUUUAAAAGAAUUUCAUGUGGUGAAAACAAAUAAAUUAGACUUUAUAGAUGAAACAUGAUAUUUUUAGUUCUAAACUUGCAGUAUAAUAAACUAUAGUAAUAUUACUCAAGUUGAGCUUGGAGAAUAGGUUUAAUGGUAACCAGAUAUUCAUACAUUUUUGUAUCUGAUCAUGAUUUUAGUAUAGAGAGAUAGAGAGGUCUAAAUAUAUUUUAUUGUUCCUAACAAGAAAGUUUGUUUAGAGAAUGACGAUGGAAAAAGAUUCAGCUUCAACUUACAAUAUGAUGAAAUAUGAAAAAUAAAAAAGAUGUUAUGUUACUUUAAUAAUAAUAUUAUUCUUCAACUGUCUAUAGUUACUGCUUAGGAAGAACAUACUGUGAUGUAGAUAAUAAGGAAGCUUUUCAAGAUACUUAUAGUCCAAGAACACAGCCUGCGUUUAAAUGGAUAGAAUACCAUAAUUUAUUAUGCUAUGUAUGUACUGACAAUAAAUAAUAGUUCAAUUUAUUUCAUUUUAGAUUAAAAUUACCAUUCAUUGUUUUCCUGUCCAUUAAUUAGUAUUUACAUUUUAUCAGAUCUGAUUGGAUUUCUUCCUAAACGAUUUUGGUCAACACUUUGUAAUGGAUAUAUUUAUAUUGAAGUGCUGCAGUAUUUGAAGCAAUACAUAAUCUGAUCCAGGAAAUCGUUUCGCAGCUAAUUUCUGUAUAUUGAUAUAUUUACAAAGAAACCUGUUAAUGAACAUAAUUAUUAUGAAAUUAAAUCGUACUGCUUUGAAUGAGAAAGAAUUUUAAAUUCACUCAAUCCGUAAAAAUAUAAAUUCCAUUUAGUUUUAUUCCAAUAGGAAUAUUCAUAAUCAAAACUGACAGAUUGAGAUUUGAACAGAUUACGGCAAAAUAUUUGAAGCUUUUUUUAAUGAUCUAUUAAUAUGUUGAAAAUCACGAAAAAAAAUAUUAAAUCAAAUUCGUCUAGAAUAUGAUAUAUGGUACUACUGUAUCUAAAAUAUUAAGAUUUUCCUUCCUCCAUGCUUUGAAUUAUUCAUUUAAUUUAAAAAGGACCAAUCAUUGUAAUGGAAGAGAAUGUAACAAGUACGAGAGGCCAAGGCUAACGCUUUGUGAACUUGAUCCGCCCUUACAAGAUAAAAAUCGUGAACAAGAAUUGUGAGUUUGUUAUCUUUGGAUAAGAUGGCAUAAGUUGCUAUCUUUUCCCUAUGGUCAUAUUCUGCUCUCUUCUGAAGAAAUUGAAAGCAAAAAAGGGAGAAUAUUUUAAAGCAAAAUCCCAAAAAAUUGACAUGGGAGAGUUCUCAGUUUAAGCAUAUAAUUUUGUGGUCAAGGUAAUAGCUGCUAAUACAUGAGCAUUUCUAAAUCCAACUAGCAUAGAAAAGCCCACCUUCUUCAAUUGCAUAUAUAAUAAAAUUACCCAAGGUUUGAUGUAAUACGAAUUGAUUGGAAGACAUCAGUCGUAAGACACGAACUAUCAAAAAUUGAGAACCCUUCAAAUUUUGUUUUUAACGGAAACUCAACACUGAUACUGAAAAAUCAACACUUGGAAACAUUUGGUACUGGAAUAAAGAAAGGAAAUCUUCAUCUAUCUAUGAGUGUAUUUUAUCUAGAUUCUAUUCCAAAUAUCGGUUGAUGAUGAUGAUCGGUUCAUUAGAUUUAUGAUGAUGAUUAUGAUCUAGAUUCUAUUCAGAAUAUCGGUUUGAAUACUAUCAACGGACACAGCAACUGUAUUGAAACACAAUAGAAUAUAUCAAGUAUAUUCUAUUAUGUUUCAAUAGACAAUAUUAAUUAAUACUUUCAGUAGCCCUAAAAAUAAAAGUGAGUAUUGAAACUAGUAGCUGUAAUAUUCAAUUUAAGAGUGAAACCCCGGUUUUUAAUAAUAGUCAUAUCUUCGAGAGUAAGUUUUAGUUUUAUUCUACGAAAAUACAUAAAAUACACCAUAAAUACUUACGAUAAUUAAAAAAGAUAUCGAAAUAUUGCUAAGGUACUCGUACUUUGUAGCACCUUAAUUUGGAAUCUAAGGUCUAAUCAAGGUCUCCAACCGUAAUAUUGGAGAUGAAUUAAAGGAAUGGUUCAUUUGGUCAAUAUAAAUGUCCUAUAAUAACUUCAUUGGAUU